AUGAGAAGGUCACUUUCAACAAUUUUGCAAUUAACAAUUGAUAAUUUUGAUGCAAUCAGUCCCAGAUAUUGUAAUCAGACUUAUAUUGAAUCCAACGAUCCAACUAUGAUCGAAUCAGAAUUAAGAAGUUACAUUGGAAUACAUUGGCGUAUGGAAUCUAUUAAGGUCGAAAACUUGUCAACAUGUGCAAACGAUUUAAUCAGACUAAUAACAAAAUUUAAAAAUAAAUAUGACACUAAGGGUGUUUAUUUGGCUACAUGCUACCCUUUGUAUCCAAGAUAUGAAUCUCGGCCAACAACCUUUAGAGACUUGAUAAAUUUUCAUCGUGAUGCAGUGAAAAAACUGCUAGAUUCAGGACACAAGAUAGAUGAUUAUUUAUCAAUGAAUAUACUUAAAGAUAUGAGAAACGAUCCAAGAUGCAAAGAUGAAUUUGAAGGUCCUGGUAUUAUUAGAAUCAUAGAUAAAUUGACGUGUAUGAAUUUAACUGUUUUGAUAUAUAGUUCAGCACGUUGUGCCAGAAACUCCAGUUUCACCGCAAGAAUUAUCGAUGAAAGAAUAAACGCCCAUAAUAAUGAAUUUUUGGUUUUAACUGUAAUGACAAAGCUGAUUGUAGUGGCAAUUAUUGACGAUUUACAGCAAGAAUAUACUAGAUCAUCAAAAUUAUGUGUUUGGUUUCCAAGAACAUGGUGUUUAAAAAACUUCAUCAAACCAAAUCAGAUAAUAUCAAUAUCUUUGAUCUCUCCAAAAAAUGUUAACAACAAUAAUUCAAUAAAUAAAAAAUGUUAUCAUUAUGCAUCAGUCAAAUUUUAUUCAAAACGUUCAGAAUUAUUUAAAUCAAAUAAUUUAUUUCCUAAUCAAUUAAAAUUCCAUCUGCCCACGACAACGAUCACUUCUACUUCUACUAUCGAUAAUUUAUCACAAUUGAUGAAUAAUUUGAAUAUAAGUUCUUCUUCUUCUGCUUCAUUGGAUGUAAAUUCUAAAAUAAUGGAAAAAGAGGGUGAAACUGAAAUUGUUAUUUCAAGAUCUUUAGCUUGUAAUUUAGGUGUUUGUUCAGUUCAAGAUAAAAUUGAUAAUAUAAAAUUUCCAAUUAGUUUUAUCUUUGAAAAAAAGAUAGACAAUAUUCCAAUUGCAACAGAAGUGAUUUUAUCUAAACUAUCAUCACCACCAUCAACGCUGCCGUUAGGAACUCGAUUUAAACAGAUAAACUAUUAUUUUAAUCAAGAGAUUUUCAAGAGAGCAAAUCUUGGGUCAAUUGUAUCACGUGAUUCGAUUAUUUAUCAAAAUGGAUGUAAUGGAAUACAACUUUAUAAAGUAUCAAGAGUGAAUUCUUCUUUUAUUUUGACUGAUCCAGCUGAUUCUGUUGCGAGAAUUGCAGAAUCAACCAAAUUAGAAAUUAAUGUAAAUAAUAAUAAUAAUGUCGACGUUGAUGAUUUUAGAUUAUUGUUGAAUGGCUUCCCGGAUAAAUCAAAAUGGGUCAAAGAUAUUGUUAAUGAAAUUGGCAGCUUAGAUGAUGUGGUUACAAGCAUUAUCGAUCAAUUAUAUACAUUUGUGAUUACUGCAAUCAGUGCUAACAAUCAGGGUUCAAAAAAAAAAGUUUUCAAGAGGAGUAAAGGAAUUUUGUUAAUAGGAAAACCUGGCACAGGAAAAACAUCCUUAGCCUUACGUAUUGCGGAAACUUCUAGAUUGCCAUAUCUGAUAAUUAAUUGUCCUGAAAUAUUUAAAUCUGACGAAGGCAUAGUAGAAAAUCAGAUUGUUUUACUCAGAAGAGAUCUCAGUAAUCUACGCAAGUUCCUUUUCAUUAUGAACUAUCGAAACCCUCAACGAUGGUCUCAGUUUACCAUGAAGAAAUUUGACUUCGCCACUUUGCAGUUGGUAGAAGACUUCAUGCGGCAGCACAAAUUACAACACACUCGGGAAGUGUGGUUACAGAACAUCCGUGAAAUACUAGAUACCCCACAUGAAGACAUCAAAAACAACUCGCGAAUCUUUUUUAUAGAUAGAGACGAUUACAGGCAGCGCAUGAUCGAUGGUUUUCUCGUAAUUUGGCAAGCUGGUGAAAAUGACGAGUUUAUUAUAACCAGCAACGGGUUUGGAAUCUUCGAGGGAGUGACUGGGACAAUGGUUGGUGGUUUACCAUUCCAAUUUGCCUACCAUUAUUUUUAUGUCAUCUCUCCAAAGCUAGCGUUGGUCCUCUGUCAUACUUCGCUCCGAAAUGAAAGAAAAGAAAUUGGAUCCGACGUUUGGACUGAGACUUUUAAGACUAUGGGUUUUAAACGUUCGAUACUCGAAAAUGCUCCUCAUCCAGCAGCAAUUCCGAAUUAUGUAGCGACUCCAAAAUAUGUACCAAGUCAUGAAUAUGGCCGCAGCACUGAUAGAAAUCCAGAGACGGCAUUUGACUCGCUUCUAAAUAGCGUAGGUCUCAAAAGACAGGAGGAUGAUAUGUUUACCUUUCGCUUUGCCAAAAUCCCUUCGGCUACCGUACACCUCGUGAAUUCUAUAUUGCUCAAUGAGACUAAACCGGAUCUAGUUUUGACUUUCUCUUCUCGUCCAUACCUCUAUAAGACAAUUCUCAAGUAUCAUAAAAGCAAUGUCGGUGUACAACAUGAUUUCUCGAGUUUGAAAAAAAUGUUGUUUAUGGAAUUAAACAAAACUCACGAGGAAGACUUACAUCUCCGGAAAAAAAUCCCAGCUGGCCGCACUUUUAAUUGGAAUGUACGUGGAAUGGAUUCAGAAUCCUGA